GAAAAUCGUGAAGAUUUCUAGAAGCGUGACUUCUUUUUCGUAAAUCGUGACAUUGAGGUAGGGCGAAGAAGUGCUAACCAUUCCCCCUUGCGCCGCACGAGGCAAAAGCAAAGUUGCCAGAAAUAAGCGAGCCAGCGUUUGUUCUUCCGAACGACGACACUUACUAGAUACGGUUUGUUCUGGAAAAGAAAAAGUAAAACGAAUCUACCAUGACAGUACUCUCCAAACUCGCCCGCCACCCGGGUGCAACACGAACGGCGGCUCGCAGAGGAGCGGUCGUCGUGCAGCCUACUUAUGCAGCAGUCAGCGGAUCGACCGGCUUCCGAUGUGGAGAAUCGGCUGCAAGAGCCGGUGCAGCUCCCUUGCUGGGCAAGAAGAACUCUGGUGCAGCCGAGAAUCAAUAUUAUUUUUCGGAGCAAAAUCAGGUCCGGUUGUUUUGCAGUGCUCUGCGCACCGCAACGAAAGAGCUCGCGGCGGUUUUGCAGGCGCCAGAUGACGUCGUGUUGCUGGACACGAUGACGGAGCAGGCCAGUGUGGGGAAAAGUGAUCAGAUGAGCGAAAACACUUCUUCGACCGAUGGCGCUGCGGCUUCAUCGGAACCGACAACGUCUAGCCCGGAAGCAGGAGAAGAAGUUGCGCAACAAACGAAGAUGUUGCUGGACGAUGUUGAAGGUAUAGUUUCGUAAGUUCUCCUCGAGGUGUGUAGCUGCAGAUGGCAAAUGUUUGCUGUGUUAGGUGAAUAUGAACAAUUAGAGCUAAUGCUAAAAGUGCAUCCACUGAAUAUAUCACCUCUACUUGUUUUCACUUGCCACUGAUGGUAUAGAGUUGAUGCGCUUCUUGUUUUCGGUGGUGCACGUCGUCCUUGCAGAGCAGUGUACCUCCUAACCUCCUAGCAAAUCAUCGUCCCUCCACUUCCAGCCGCCCUCGCAUGGAUGCAGGGAACACGACCAGCCGGGAACAAGAAUUGCGCGUCGGAACACGCUCCUACCGAUGACAAAACCGCAAAAACAAACGCAACUGAUGGUGCGACAGAAAACACUGCGGAAAGUAGCAACACGACGGGAACUACAAACGAAAACAAACUAUCGCAACAACCACCGCAAGAGAAUUUCUCCACCACGGUCCCGCACGUGCACGAACGUCUUAACCUCUUUCUCGCUUUCUGCAAGAAAAGAAGCUGCAACUCUCCCGUCUCACAACAAGAAGAAAACUUUGUGACCAAAAUCGGCAAACUGUGGUCCGCCGCGCUGGAGAGCACGCAGUUCCACCCUAUCCCAGAGCCUUUUGUAGGACCCAGGACAACUUCUUCUUAUCCCCAAAACAUCGCGGUCGUUUUCGAUUCGCUCGAUCACGCGAUGGUACGGAUGUUGCAGGGGUACCGGGUUUUGUUGCUGCAGAGCACUUAUGCAUUGCAAAAGUAUCGUACUAGUAUAAACCAGCCAUGCUCCGGCUGCCGCCGGAGCGCACGGCUGUUGGGCCGGGGCAUGACUGUUUGCCGAUCGGACCACAACCCCACGGGCCUAUGUACAACGAAACGUACUGCAUUCGUGCCGCUGGUUUGCGCCGCGCCAACCCGCAGGACCACUUGCGCGCUUCCCGCGCCUGCGGGCGCUCUGCGCAGGGAGCAGCUGCAAAGAACAUCGGGGGCGAACAGAAGGCGCUCGGCGGGAGAGGGUAGCGCGAGAGGGUGGCGCGAGAGGGUAGCGCGAGAGGGUGGCGCGAGAGGGUGCGCGAGAGGGUGGCGCGAGAGGGUGGCGCGAGAGGGUGUGCGAGAGGGUGGCGCGAGAGGGUGGCGGGGACAGGCGCCGAACAAAACAAGUCCGCGAAUAGCCUGCAGUGCCAAAUAUGGGCAUGACCAUGCGGAUUCGCGCCCGCCACUUUGUGUUUUUACCCUCUCGCAGACCCUCUUUUUUACCUCUUUUGGGGGUCCCCGCUAAUAAUCCGGCUAUACUCGCGGGUAGAGGUCGACAGAGGUGGCCGAGAGGUGGCCAAGAGGGUCCGCGAGAGGUCGCCCCUUAUUCGCGCCACCUCUCUCGACCUCUGUCGACCUCUCGCGCCCCCUCUUUUUGACCUCUCUGCACCCUCUGAGGCACUUAGGCGCCGCCUUAAGGUGGGGCCUUCGGCGGGCUAUACUCGCGCACCCUCUCGCCGAUCCUCUCGAAAGGGGUCCCGCGCCACCUCUCCACCUCUGUCGACCUCUUUUUUACCUCUUUUGACCUCUUUUUGACCUCUCGGCCACCUCUUGUUUACCCUCUGUCUACCUCUUUUUUCGCAUGAAUAUAAUAUGUAGUAAUCGCAAUACAAAUUUUUCCAGAAGGAAAAAUGGAAUUUGUAAUGCUGAUUUCGCUAAGAGCCAAGAUUUGUCAUGCAUGAUCGCAAUUAGUACGAGUACGAUACUUUUGCACAGGAUAGCACUCGAUGUACAGGGCGCGCCACCGGAGAGAACGAUUUGGUGGAUGAACAGGCUGCUCUAAGUGAAAUGAAUCCGGACCAUUUCGCAGUCCUGAAAAUUGCACCGGGAAAUGGGCCGCAGCCAACUGCACAGGAGGCAGAGCAAAUGGUAUUUGUGACCGUGUCAAAGCCAACAUGAACAUUGUGUGACUCAUGUAGUACGUAGUUUCUAUUCUACUUACUUCCGCCAUGAAAAUUAUCCUUGGGAAGAGAUUGAAAGAUGAGGAUGAGCUUGAGCCUUUGUCUAAUCAUAACACCCAGCUCCGGCCGCUCCUGAAACGGGCUGCGUGUCUCGACAACGACAUCUUCCGCCUGCGCGAGAAAGCGGUGCUCGAGGGCAAAAAUUACAACCUCCUGCUGCAAGCCCCCUUGGACGUCACCGAUUUGUCGCUCCCCUCCGUGUUUCACGGCCUGCAGCGCAGGGCCUUUGUCGAGUGGAAGGUGACAGGUUGAUUUUCAGUCGGGUUGUGGUUUAGGUUCACCGCAUGUGACAAAGUAGAUGCAUAGAAUCGAAGAAGCAAUCGGUGAAGAUGCUGCGUUAUUGAUAGUCGAGUCCAACACAUUCACAUCACCAACACCAUUACUAUCAGGAUAAGAAGGAGGAUUUCUACCGAUAUGAGCUAGCCGACCGGGCGGACGAGCUCCUUUCUCUGCUUCACCCGAAUGAGCAGGAAAGUUUCCACAAUUUGCUGUCAACCUUUUUCGAACUGCUGCAUGGGUUUUACUGCGAUAAGAAAGGUGGAACAGGCACUAGUGGUGCAGCUUCGUCGGAAACCGAAACGAGCUUGGGCUGUGGUUCUUCAUCUGAUAACAACGGCAAAACUCUAUCCUCUGCUGGAGGAGAUCAAAGUGCCGUUGUUCCCCAGUUCCGGAAAAACCUGCACAUCUGUCUGCAGUCCGAAACCAGUCUACCUGACGCAUUAGUGAAACUGGCGGUGCUAGCCGACGCCUGCCCGCCGGAGAUGUUUUUGGGUGAUGCGGAUGAAAACACUCCAAGUUCUCCUUGCCUCAACCUCCACGUCUUUGACAAAGUGGAAAAACGGAAAGACCCAAUCCGCGGCUUCCUGCGCAUGCUGAGCAAGCGCCCGGAUAUCUGGAAAAUCCACUACUACAAUGGCAACGAGCAGUCGUCAACGUCGUCUUCGGGAGCUGCAAGAGAGCCGACAGCGAACACACGAGAGCAAAGCGGUGAUCAUGACAAAAAAAACUUCGACGCGGUUGCGGAAAAGAUUAAGAUUGGAGCUAUGGCACAGGUGCAGCUUUUUGCUAAUGUGAGUGAAUCAUUUUUUUCGGUGCCACCUUCUCUUGGGGCGCCCGGGUUCGUUGAUCCCAAGUAUACGUAAUAGUCGCGCGCUGUCUGAAACUGAAAAUGAAAUAAAGUACAUUCUUGGAGAUCUUGUCUAAACGUCAAAAAUUUCACACAGACCACUUCCGACGCCGGCGCACCAGCCGCGAUUUUCCUGGGCAUGCAGGACAUUCACCUGUUGCCGAAAACUUUCCAAGCGGUCAUCGCUGGACAGGAAAACGCGUUUCUCUAUCGCGGCUUCCCCCGAGACGCACUCUCGCUGCUGAAACUUGUCAUGGGCAACACGAAACAAGAAGGUUCCGGAGAAAUGCUCGCUGGUCGUGGGGGAUCAUCUUUGACGCUAUGCACUGCAAAAGCAUCGUGCUCGUAGAAUUGAUUGCGGUCAACAUGCAUGACAAAUAUCGCUCCGCAUCCGCUCUGAAGGCAGAUCCGCAUUACAAAUUCCAUUUCUCACGCUGCGUAAAUUUGUGAUGCGACCACUACUACUACCUUGUGCGAUACUUUUGCAAUUCAUAGACGCUGCCGCCGUGCGAUUUGAUCAAGGCCAUCGAACACAGGGACGAGUUCGAGGAUUUCCCGGACGACUUUCCGGAUUAUCAAGUGGAAUAUUCUGGUGCCUGGAUGAUUUUUGUGUACUAAAGUUGUCAUGCUGAACUUCCAUAGGACUAGGACAAGCACUAGCACAACCGGUCCUGAGCUCUGUGAUGGAUUUCGCAAAACAGCCGCGCUGCUUCCUUGUGGUGCAGAGACGCGAUAUAUUCUCAUGCGCGUCUCGCUCCUGCAGGAAACAGGUUUGUCAUGCUUGCUUACCCACAGUGAGUUUCUCACUCAUAUAGAUACUAAAGGCGGUAUGACAACUUCCCAAUCCCAGAUAGAAACAAUCCAGACAACAUGUUUGCAACGCAUAAAGAUGACGACGAUCGCAUGAUGCGUGAUAUGGGUGUCAGCGAAGAUGACUUCGGGGAGGAGGAGGAACUCGAUGCUGAUGAGGACGACGAGGAGACAGCGGAGGCCGGCGAUGAAGACCAGCAGUACAAAUCUAUGCAGGAUAGCACUGCCCUCGAAGCUGAGUCUCCUCCUGCAACAGAGAAAUUAUCAUCCGAAGCCGAAAGUGCAGACUUGAAGAUGACGCCAGAGUUUGGCAGCGGCAUGAUGAAGACGAGUGAGCCAGCAACUGUGCUGGAGAAAAGAAACAGGAGCGGUGAUCAUCAUGAUGUCGCGGCUCAGGAGGGGACUAUUAAGUCGAGUGAAGAUAAAUCAUCUGAGGAGGAACAAGCUGCAGGAGAAGCGCAAAGAACAGUGCCCGCGGAGGAAAUAUUACAUGGAAGUAAACAACCUGCGGACACCGCCCGGAACAGCACCGUGAAACAAGUCCAGAAGGCUUAAGUGAGUUCGAGGACGUAGUAGUUCUGUGCGCAGAAGUGCUUUGAUACAUCAGCCCGGAGGAGGUAGAGGCGGUGGCGCAGAGCAGGCUGUCAUCGUAAGUUACGUUCAGAGCAGGCUGUCAUUUGGAGUUACUAACUCAGGAUGUUUACAAUACAGACAAAGUAGCCCUUUUGUUUAUUGCGCCUUCAUCAUCAAGAACAUCAAACCUCACGAACAAGAGGCUUCCUAUCGCUAACCCACUUAAUUUCUUCGUAUCAUCAACGCGAUUGGGACUGGCUGCUCCUGCUGCCGCGUUUUUGGUGUAAUUUCAUCGAUUUAAAUAGGUCGUGGGACGAUUGUUCUUGUGUGGUUUUUGAUGGCCAUCCAACCUCGACUAGACAGAGGAACUACAGUAGUACUACAUUUUUUCCUUGACUUGUUACGGUCCUCGUCAAAGCUACCCACACCUAUUUCCAAGGCCAAAGCGACGAGCAGAGCACUCGCAUAACACCUUGAAAAGUUGUCAUAGAACUCGUCGUUCGAAAAAAUACAAAAACUACGAAAAACCUUCAUGAUGUGUGAAUCAAAGUUACAGAAUGAAACAGUACUUAACGGGCUUCUGGUCGUGAUUCCUCGUAGAAAGACGAAAGACAAGGGCGAAGUGUUUGUGUUCGUGACACCGCGAAGGCGGAGGCGUCUUCCACACUCGAAGAAGUGGCUCUACAACUCUUAUACAGCCUAAGGUUACGGAAAGAUGAACACUUAGAAACUAAAGCCUAUACGAUUUUUAUGCAGCUCACGUCAUGGACUAGACAACCACAACGACAAUCAAAGUCAAAGACUAAUUUUUGCUUAUCAACGAAUACGAGCUCCCCAUAAUUAACGUCAGUUCCAUGCAAGUCAUUUUCAUUUUUCCGCUCCGUGGUUCUUUCCGCGGCGAAGUUAAGAUCGUUAUUCAACGCGAGGAGAGUUGUACUAGUACAGGCACUAUCCGAAAAAGGUCCGUCACUUGCUAGCCACAG